AUGACACGAAUCCUCCUCACAGGCGGAAGCGGUUUCAUCGCUGCUCAUGUCCUUGACACUCUGCUCCAGCGCGGCCACUCGGUGGUGACAACCGUACGCUCGGAAGAAAAGGCUCGUAAAAUCAGAAAUUUACAUCCAAAUGUUCCCAAGGAUAAACUGGAUUUUGCAAUUGUGGAAGACAUCGCGAAACUUGAUGCAUUUGACAAGGCUGUGAUUUCGGACCCGCCCUUUGAGACUGUUAUUCACACAGCUAGUCCGUUCCACUUUAGAGCAAGUGACAAUAAAGCCGAACUUCUCGAUCCGGCUAUCAAUGGCACUGUUGGAAUCCUCCGUGCCAUCAAGCGAAGUGCGCCAACGGUCAAGCAUGUAGUUAUUACAUCUUCCUUUGCUUCCAUCAUUGACGCCAAUAAGCCUCCUACCUACACAUAUUCGGAGGCCGAUUGGAAUCCUAUCACGGAGGCAGAAGCGCUUCUUAGCCCUAUCCAUGGUUAUCGGGCAAGCAAAGCAUUCGCUGAAAAAGCCGCCUGGGAAUUUGUGGAAAAGGAGAAACCAACCUUCACCAUCGCAACGAUAAACCCCCCCGUCGUCCUCGGCCCCGUCGUCCACCCUCUGGACUCCCUCGCUGCGCUCAACACUUCCAAUGAACGCAUCCGCGACCUGAUCACAGGGACUGCGAAGAACUCAUGUCCACCAACCGGCACCUACCUCUGGGUCGACGUCCGCGACGUGGCUCUCGCGCACGUCCUCGCUGCCGAAAAACAGAAAGAAGCCGCCAGCCAGCGCUUCUUCGUCACAGCGGGCAACUUUUGCAACCGGCAAAUUGUCGAGAUCAUCUCUGAAGAAUUUCCAGAGUUAAGGGAGAAGUUGCCGGUGGGAGAUGCGUUGAAGCCUGGUGAGUUCCCAGCCGAGGGAUAUUUUGGGUAUAAUAAUGCGAAGUCAAGAGAGGUGUUGGGGUUGGAGUAUCGACCGUUGAGAGAGAGCGUGGUUGAUACGGCGAAGAGCCUUUUGGCGAUUCAGGGGUAG